UCUCUCCCUCUCUCUCGCACAGUUACACACCGCCCAGUGACCACGACAGAUGUCAUGCAGCCUCAGCGACAGGUGGAGAUCUUCGACCAUAUGAAUGGCUCGCGGAUUGUCUUCUCGGACGAUGGCGGCACCAGCCCACCGCAGCACUUCCACCCUUCUUCCCCUGACCUGACCCAGGAGGUGGUGAUCUCCCCUGGACUCCCCACCCCACCUCUUAGCCCCUAUCGCACCGGCAGCCACAACUCCAGACACCCCUCCGACACCAUGAAGGUCUCUGAGACCAAUGGCAGUGGAUCACCAACCCUCAGCUUUGGCUCGUAUUAUGGCCCCCCAAAAUCUCAUGGGACCCUGGUAAAUGGCGUGCAGACCAGGCUGUUUGCCACUCUGCCCCGGAGGUCUGUCCCGGCUGAAGAGAGGCUGAUCAAGUUCUCCGGCAUUGGCCCCGUGGAUGAGACCGGAAUGCCCAUUGCCUCCAGAUCAAGCGUGAACAAACCAAAGGACUGGUACAGGAGCAUGUUCAGACAGAUCCACAAGAAGCCACCAGAGCCUGACCUGUGUGACUCCAGGCUGUGGCCAGAGGACAGGGAUGCCGAACCUGGCAGAGACCCCCCCACCGCGGGUUCUGUGGACGGGCAGGGGGGCGAGAAGGACCUGUUCACUCUCACCCCGUAUGGCGCACUGCCCGACUGGAGCGAGCUAGGGGAUGGAGACAGUCAGUCCAACGGAGGGAGAAGGCACCCUGAACCCAGGAGCAUAUUCGAAUUCGAACCCGGACAGAGCACCCACUCUGAGGUCCUCGCACAGGAUAACCGUCCAGCCCAGCAGUACCUGGUGAAGCCUCGGUCGUGCCCUAUUGAGGCGAGUCUGGUCUCAGAGCUGAGUCGCUUUGAGGCGGAGCUGGACUCGGACAUCCAGGGCCUGGAGAGGAGGCUGUCUCAGAAACAGCAGCGGCGAGGCCGGGGUGAGGGCUCAAGGGUCUCUGUCCCAGCCACCACUCCGGGUACAGGGAGCACACAGGAAGCAAGCCCGAGGACCGCAGCAAAGCAGCCGGCGACCAAAAGCUGGGGAGUGGCACCUGUCAGUCAUCCAACUGUCCCCAGCUUCAGCGCAGCACAAAGGACAUCAUCCAGCCCCACACAUGGUAGAGGCAAUCCUUCCUCUUCACCUGAUGCCAUGGACUUCCCGCCCAAGAGAGAGGAGAAGAAGAUGAAAGCUGCAAGGGCCAAGUUCAAUUUCCAAGCACAGUCACCCAAAGAGCUGACCCUGCAGAAGGGUGAUGUGGUGUACAUACACAGGCAAGUGGACGGCAACUGGUUCGAGGGGGAGCAUCACGGGAGAGCCGGAAUCUUUCCGGCCACCUAUGUGGAGAUCAUCCCCCCGACCGAGAAGCCCACGCCUAUCAAGUCCCCCACCAUCCAGGUGCUGGAGUACGGGGAGGCCGUCGCCCAGUUCAACUUCCCGGCGGACCUGCCCAUCGAGCUCUCCUUCCGAAAGGGGGAGCGAAUCUGUGUGACCAGGCGUGUGGAUGACAGCUGGCUCGAGGGCAGGAUCCCUGGCACCUCCCGCAGUGGCAUCUUCCCUGCCAGCUAUGUCCAAGUCAACAAGAUGCCCCGCACCAAAUCCUCAGACGAGUACCCUCCCUCGCCCACCUCUCCCUCGCCCUCGCCUCUCAGUCCGGGCCGGCCUCUCCACUCGCCCCUCUCCCCCGUGGCUUUCAGCUCCAGCCCGCAGCCCUCGCCCGGGAAGCAGCGCUCCCCUGCUGGGCUGUCCCAGUCCCCGCCCUCCCCAGCCCCCUACGGAACGGCAGGGCUCCAGUCCCGCUCACCCCAGCCCCCUGCUCAGACCGCCCCCUCCAAGCCGGCCCCCAGUCACUGGCCUGGCUCCGCCCCCGUCUCCACCUCCCCCACUCCACAGACCAAUCACUGGGGCGGGACGCACCCUGCAGCCCAUAACUCCUUCAGCAGAGACGAGAGACCGGCACCGGCGUUGUCCAAUCAGACGUCGGGGGCUCCCCAGUGGGGAGGAGCCAUGUUGAAUGCCACUCCCAAGCCAGGUUAUUCCACUCAGGAUGGACCAACCAUAAACUCCAUCCUAUCCAACCAGCACAGCAAGGCUCCACCCACAGCCAAAGUUCCCACCAAUCCCAGCUCAACAGUGGUCCAACGGCAACCGUAUAAAGCCAUUUAUAACUACAGGCCACAGAACGGUGAUGAGCUGGAACUACGAGAAGGAGACGUCGUACAGGUGAUGGAGAAGUGUGAUGACGGCUGGUUUGUAGGUACAUCAGAAAGAACUCAAGCUUUCGGGACAUUUCCAGGGAACUAUGUGACACCUGUCUGAGUGAUUAUCACUACGUUCCUGCUCCAAAACACGCUGGACUAAAAUAUUUGACUAUUUAUACAAGUUUUGCUUUAAGCAGCAUACAGAUCACAACAGCCAGAUAGCCACUAAUGACAGCUCCUCACCUCCCAUCCACCUCCCUUCCCCUACAAUUUCACAGAAAUGGUGUCUGUGUGCACAAGUGACCAGGUGACCAAAGUGGCCACUGUUUCAGCCUUGAGAUUUGAGCACAUAAAGCAAAGGGUCUCUUUGCCAUUGGCAUGUUGGCUUAUCACAUAUCAGCCUUGGAGUGUCUUCCUACAGCCACAUGUGCCGCUUGAACUCUGAGAUGCAGGUACUGCGGAAAACGAGCCUGCAACCAGCCUUGCACCAUUACUGCAAAAAAACAUUCCUCUGGAUUGGACUAAAACUGCGUCCUUGUUGAACUUUUGGACUUUGUAUCAUCCUUGGAUUAUCAAGCCACCUGUAAAACACAUUGCACUCAAGAAGUAUGAAUCAUUCCAGGUUUCACACUAAAUCCAAUACUGUUUCAGCAUUCACUUGUGAGCCAAGAUGAUUCCAAAUGAUAACAAAGUGCCUUUAUUGGAAAGAAAAAUACCCAGAUUGCCUCAUUUUAUGAGGCAUAUAUCUUUCUCAGUGUUUCUCUGUUGUAAAUGUCAUGCAAUAGAAAAAGUGCCUUUUGAUCAUCUUUAGUUCUGCCGUCACUUUAAUCACAGAUAUUUAAUGACUUCCUGGGUGCACAGGCAAAAAUGUCACAGAAAUGUGGCAGAUUAAUCUAUCAAAAUGAGUAUUGCUUUUUUUUUUUAUUCGACAGAGCAUGUGUUCCUAAGCAGUGCCAAAUUUAUUUCAGUUCAAUCCAGGAUAAUAAUAUGGUUUGGAAACAUACAACAUGUCUGUUUUAUAACAUGUCUUCUUAUCUGUUAUUGCCCACUACUUGCUUUGCGUUAUGAGCUAAGUGAUGGUUAAUCUAUAAUCCUGCCUGCAGUAUUUGAGGAAGUGGUUGGAACAGAGAAAGUGAAGAAAGUGAAAGUGAGAGCUGAUAGCCUUGUAGAAGGGCAGAAUGACACUUGUGCCAAGUCACCAAUGGUUGGGUGAUCCAGGACGAGUUCACCAAUGGAAAUUAAACAGGGUCAUAAAUUUGGACCAGAGAAGAAAUCAAUCAAUGAGCUGGAUGGGCACGUUACCACAGGCUUCCACUAGACUGAUGGACUUUAAAUGGAACUGUAGCCCCGAUGUCAUGCCUAAAAACCUUCUUUGUAACUUGUUUGCAUUCCUGUAUAUGACAUACACCAUCAAUGUUCACUGUCAUGGAUGUUUGUUAUUAACUUCCCAAAAAAAAGAAACUGACAGAAAAUUCCUCCAACAAAAGGGUCAAAAUUAUUUGGCUCACAAAACAUUUGAUUUCACUAUAGUUUCUUUGUACUGCAACGCACAAGCUUUUGCUUACCAGUGUUGAGGUGUGUAUUGAUUUCAAAAUAAACAGAUUAGGUCUGAUGGAUACUUAUAUUACUUAAACCCGCUAAUCAUUUAGGCUUGUGCAAACUAAUAUAAUCCAUGCUAAGAUGCAAGCAAGCCAAGCACUGAGCCUUUACAUGGCAGUGGACUUUUGCAUUGUGUUGUCACAAUGUGUGCUUCAUCAUAGUUUGUCUUCUCAGUGCCUUCUCUCUAACGCUCGCCCUUUUUAAUGCAACAAAUAAGAGUCCAAUUCUCAUAUUGGGUAUAUUCAGGACCACCGGGAAGAAAAGCAUGGAAUGACAGUCAAAAUGGUGACAAAUGGAAGAUACACAUGUAGUAGAAGGUUAAAUAUUUAUGCAAGUUUUUUUGCCUCUUUGUUUUGAUCUUACUGAAUAAAACAAAGCAAACAUAGUUCGGUUCCUGACUGUACCAGAUAUAAAGUAGUACAGACACUGUACUACUUCAAAUCAGUUUAAAUCAGUUAAUAAAUUACGGAAAUAAAUAAUAUAUUUUAUUGGCAACAGAAUGUAUUGCAUUUUCUAAGGUACUCAUAUAUUUGGAUGAUAAUCAAAUAAAAUGUACUCAAGUGAUGGAAAACUG